CGCACCCGCGGUUUGCACCCAUGUCUUGCUCCUUCUGCGUCGUCGCAGAGGCGAGCCCCGUGUACUCGUCGCCAGACCGAUCCCUUCCGUCGACCGUCUCAUCCUACCGACAGGGAUCGUCCGCCUUCACUCCCGAGUCUGGCAGCUUUGCCCCGAGGCAUAAAGCGUGCGGCUUUCGCAGCACUCUGAAUCGCCAGCGACAGCACCACCCAAGCCGAGUACUUCCUUCAUCCGCUCAGCUACUCUCCUCGGCUCCUUUCCUUCGUUACUCGCCAUGAUCUUCGCUGCACCCAACAGCCAGUCUUGCGCUGCCUGGCUGCUUGGAGCCGCCUGCCUCUCCAGUCUCGUUGUGCCUCACACCCGGGCCGAUACCGUCCAGGCUCGCUUCCCGGCCGCACCCAGAUUCCCUGAAAACACUUUCACACGCAUGUUUCCGACUCUCCAUUCGUUCGGUCCCCAAGACAACGCCGAGCGUCUCCUCGUCGAAGCCAUCGGCGCAAUCUCGGGAAUCGUUGAUGCCGGUGACAUUCCCGGCGUCACCAACCCCAGAAACCCAGACAAUCCCGCCAUGACCGCCGGGUUCACAUUCUUGGGCCAGUUCCUGGACCACGACAUCACCUUCGACAAACGAUCGGCCAUCAAUGCCACGGCGGAUCCAUACCGAACCAUCAACUUCCGCACCCCGGCCUUUGAUCUCGACUCGGUCUACGGCAUGGGUCCCGACGGCUCGCCAGAGUACUACCAGUCCGACCAGGUAUCUUUCCGGGUCGAGCCCAUCCCUGGCUCCGACAAGGCCUCUUUGGCCGGUGUGAUCCGCUUCGACCAUCCCCGAGACUCCAACAACAACUCCAUCAUCCCCGAGUCCCGAAACGACGAAAAUCUGAUGGUAUCGCAGCUGCAUCUGGGCUUUAUGCUCUUUCACAACGCCGUUGUCGCAAACCUCCGAUCCCAGCCAAAGUACAAACAUGCGCACCCCCGACGGCUCUUCAAGGACGCUCGCCAGAUAGUCACCUACCACUACCAGUGGAUCAUUGUCCACCAGUUUCUGCCCACGACCAUUGGCCAGAACGUUGUCGACAGCAUCCUCCAGGGCGGCCUCAAGUUCUACAACCCUUUGCGAUUCCCGUUCCAGCUGAAGCAGCUCGAUCAGGUCCUCAGCCUCGCUGACGACGACCAGUUCGGCUCCUCAGCCGCCAGUCUGGCCCAUACCCGACGUACACUGCCUCUGGUUCCGAUCGAGUUUUCGGUUGCUGCGUACCGCUUUGGCCAUUCGCAGGUUCGUCCCGGCUACCGUGCAAACUUUGGAGGGCCAGCCGGCGUUCCUCCAGCAUUUGCGCCUUUGGUCUUCAACAACAGCAUCAGCCCCACCGAUCCCGACCCAAACGAUCUUCGAGGCACCCACCGGGCCGCCCGCCGCUUUAUCGAUUGGCAGACGUUCUUCCCUAUGGCCCCGAAUCUGCAAGGCAGCAUUGUGCCGCUCCACAACAAAAAGAUCGACACCAACGUCUCGUCCCCUCUGUUCAAUCUGCCCGGCCAGCAGGCCCCCCUCGACGGCCUUCCAUCGAGCGGGCCGUCUGCUCUUCCAGCCCGCAACCUCGCCCGCCAUGUCAACUUUGCCAUUCCCUCGGGCCAAGCCAUAGCCUCUUUCAUGGGCGAGACCCCGCUGGUGGUGCCUCGACUGAGCCCGUUCGGCCUCAACACAAGCACCCCGCUGUGGUAUUACUGCCUGUUCGAGGCCGAGACCACCCAGCAGGGCGAGCGGCUUGGUCCUGUCUGCGGCCGCAUCGUCGGCGAGGUCUUUAUUGGAUUGCUCAAGUUUGACCGCAACUCGUACUUCAACCUGGCCCCGCACUUUGUGCCUUUCCUGCCCAGCGCCGUGCCCGGCAACUUUACAAUCUCUGACCUGCUGACCUUUGCAGGCGUUGUGUUCCCACUUGGUCUUUGAUCUUAUAUUCCAAAAUGCAAGUCCUGAUUUUACUCCCCAAAACGAAAUGGGGGCAGAGUGUUUUGAGCCAGAUUCAUUAGUUAUCCGAAUUCUCUUUCUGGGUCCUGAAUACAUACCCACAGUGAUC